AUGAGAGGAGUAAGGACUUGGUGCAUGGACGCAGCUCAACUGGAUACGACAAGGAAGAAGGAGGAAGUCAUCUUGAAGACCAGCUUGACCAUCCGGUCGAGUUCCUGGCUUUUACUCGAUCGAGUUGAAGCUUGGCCGGUCGAGUUGGUGAACUCGACCGGAUGGUCGAGUAGGUGGUCGAGCUGGUCUUCAAGAUGGCUUCCUCCUUCUUCCUUUGCGUAUCCAGUUGAGCUGCGUCCAUGCACCAAGUCUUUCCUUGCUCCUCACGUCCCAUAUGCUCCAAAAUGCUCCAAAAGACCUAUUCCAAGGACCAAACAUGCAUGUAUGUAUGCAAAUGCAACCUAA